AUGAAUUGGAAAUAACUAAUUUAUAUGUUAGUGCUCAUACAAGUCCCCACAUAUUACCAACAUGAUCUGUGAUGUACUUAUAGAGUACUUUACCUUUAAUUUUUCUAUUUCCAAAUAAGCUUUGCAGUACAAAAUCUGAAUACGUUUAGUUAGAGCUUUAAUAUGAGUUUCGGACAGUGGUUAGGAGAAAAAAAGAAGAAGAAAAGUCCUCACAUUUUCCUCCACUACUACAUUAUUGGCGUGUGUCAAGCACAAUCAACUACUUGUUCUUCACUCUUCUUCUACUAUAAAUUAGUUAUUUCCAAUUCAUUUUUAUUCACAUUUUCAUCCAAAAAAAAAACAAACUAAAAAAAACUAUGGCAUCAAAUGAAGAAAGUAAUAACACUCAACAAGAAUCAAAGUUCACUCUCUCUAUGAAUCCUGAUAUGGAGCAACAACAAAUAAGCCUAGAUCAUCAACAAGUUGAAGAAAAAGAGUUUGAUUACUCAAAACGUUCUCAGUGGCUCCGAGCAGCUGUGCUCGGAGCCAAUGAUGGGUUGGUUUCAACCGCAUCAUUAAUGAUGGGAAUUGGUGCUGUCAAAAAGGACAUAAAAGUCAUGAUCCUUACUGGAUUCGCCGGCCUAGUGGCCGGCGCAUGUUCUAUGGCUAUAGGAGAAUUUGUGUCCGUUUAUUCUCAGCUCGAUAUUGAAAUUGCUCAAAUGAAGAGAGAUAAUAAGAGAAGAAAUAAAAUCCAAGGAGAUCACGAGGACGAAAAAAAUGACUUGCCUAAUCCAGCACAAGCAGCAGCAGCAUCAGCUCUAGCAUUUUCAGUAGGUGCAAUUGUGCCAUUACUGGCUGCAUCUUUUAUAAGAGAUUACAAAGUGAGAAUUGGAGCUGUUGUUGCUGCUGUCACCAUAGCUUUAAUGGUGUUUGGAUGGUUAGGUGCUGUGUUGGGAAAAGCACCAGCAAUCAAGUCAUCUGCUAGGGUUUUGUUUGGAGGUUGGUUGGCCAUGGCUAUAACUUAUGGCUUGACUAAAUUGAUUGGUUCUAGUGGUCUUUAACUGGAAUUACCUACCAAAUUAUCCAUAGUUUUUUGAUAAUCUAUUGCUAAAUAACUUUAGCCAGUGGAUUUUAUCAUUAAGCUACUGAAUUUGUCUGUCGCUAAAUCGUGUUUUAUCUAGUUAUAUAUGCUACUAAAUAUUAAUUGUGGCAUAAUGCCAUAAUAAUAUUUUUUUUUUGUGUUUA